AUGCUGAAAUUGACAAGUGUGGCAGUGCUACUGCUCUGCGUGACAAUAGCAUGUGCAGAACCUAAGCAAGCAACUCAGCAACAGCAACAACAGAAGCAGUUGCGCUCCGGUGCCGCUAUUGCUUCACCAAAUCACCCGUACAUCUUCCUUAGCGUGCCGCGUGCCAACGGCAAUGGUCAUGAAGUGCAAGGUUUCAAAGUAGUGGAAGUCGAUGAUGACGAGAAUGAAGAAGGAGCUCAAGCUAGCAAUGCAAGCAGCGAAAGUGAUGACGACAGUGUGGAUGAUGAUGCUGCCAAUGCGUCCAAAGAAGACGAUGAUGAUGAUGAUGAUGAAGAGGAUUUGGAACAUGACGACGAUGUCGAAGAUAGCAAUGACGCGGAGUUUGAGUAUAAUGAUGAUGACGAAGAGAGCGUUAGCGAUGAAAAUGACGUGGCUAGUAACUUUGUGUAUAUGAAUUCACAUGCCCCGCACGCACCACGCCUCCGUAGUCAGUUGAAAAACCGAAAGCUCGUCAGCCGCAUACCAAACCGGCCACAGCGAUCCAACCAAUUGAAUGCCCAGCUUGUGCUGAAGAAUGCAAAACCAACAAAUAUGAUGGUGUCACGAGAACAUGCCGGUGCUAUUAUGGUACCCGAUGGAUUCAUCGAGAUCGAAGGACAGACUGUCGUUGACGAGAAGACCGGCAAGACUGCGUUGUUGGUGCCACGUGCUGCACUCGAUGCCAUUCCCGAUGGAAGCGUCGUGGCGCUGAUGGAACAGUCCGUGGACGAUUCUGAGGAGGCGCGCGCCAAUCGUGUAAUAGUGCACCGUCGCCGCAACGACGCGCGUCGCAAUUUAGUGCGUCGCCGUGGUGGUAACAAUCGUCGUCGACGUGGAAGUAAUCGCCGUCGCCGCGGUGGUAACAGGCGCAAGAACGUGCGCGUAUAUCAGGUUGGUGGUGCUACAAGGCGGCGAGGCAAUCGUCGUAGCAGACGUCCCGUGCAAGUGGUGCAAGGUUGA